AAGUGAAGACAGAAAGGUUGGGAAGAGAGAGAGGAGAGGGGCAACGGAGAGUGGGAGCACACAGAGAGUGAAAGAAGAAAGAUAAACUAAAACUGAGAUUUUUCUCUGCCUCCGCUAAUACGUGGAUGAGACAGAUCUUCGACUCUAGUGAAUACGCUUGCCGCCGGAGAAGCUCGCUACCUGAAAUUUUCACUGGCCGCAACUCCAUUUUCGGAGAAUUAUGGUCGGUUUCUCUUGAUGAGCUACCGGAUUAAUCUUUUGGAUGUAGCUGAUUUGACAAAAGCAGAUCGAAGCAGAGAUGGAUAGGAAUAGAGAACAGAGAAGGGCAACCAUGGCGGCUACGAAUGGUUUAUCCAGGCGUAGGCAUAGAAAUAGCAGUCUCAGAGACUCCCCAGAGGAAGACGGGCCGGUGGAGCUGCAAGAGACAGCGAGGCUAAGAGAUCGAGGAAGCGGAAAGAAAGAUCGUGAUCGGGACCGUGACCGAGACCGAGACCGCGAUAGGGAUAGGCUGAGCCGUAGCAAGAGGAGAAGAGGCGAUAGAUUAUUGCACGGGACCAACAGAGAUGAUGGUGGCGAGGAGAGCUCGGAGGAGAGCGUGAAUGACGAAGAAGAAGACGAGGAUGACGACGGAGCCGCGUCCAUCAGGAUGCUUCCGCCGAACCCCGCACCGUUAUCUUCGUCAACAUCGAUACCCAAUCAUCGGAAAAGCUUUCCUCCUCCGGCCAAAGUUUUUAGAGCAGCGCCGACUUGGAAGGCCGCCGACGAGAUGAUUGGCGUUUCGGUUCCUAGAAAAGCACGGUCAGCAUCUACGAAGAGGUCGCACGAAUGUUGGGCGGGUAGUGGCAGCGUUGGUGGGGAGCAAAUUAACCGGCAGGCGUCAACAUCGCCGGUGAGACCAGGCCUAGUUUCAAUGGCGGCGGCCGCGUCGCCGCCUCCGGCCUCGCCGUCUUCUUCCAAUGCUUCGGGGCGGAAGAAGAUGAAGCCCAAUGGACCGAAACUGCGGCCGCCGAAAUCGUCUUCCAAGCCUUCGUCGUCAGCUCAGGAUGAGAUCGAGAUAGAGAUAGCCGAGGUGUUGUACGGAAUGGGAAGGCAGUCCCAGGGCCAUCCCAAGCAGGAAAUCUUGGCAACCGAUUCUCUGAAGUUCGAACCCAGAGACGCCAAUAGAUCCUUCUGUGAUGCUAAACCAAUGGUCUCAUCGCCGAUUUCGAGCUCAACGUCUGCUGUACCUCAGUCAUCGUCCAUUUUGCCUCAGAAUUGUGGCUCUUCUAUCACUCCAAUGUCCACCGUCGUAGCACCAAAGAGGAAAAAACCGCGACCAGUCAAGUACGACGACGAGAACUCUUCGAUUUUCACGGUCAGGAGCAGUCCCAUUUCGUCCACCACGAAAGCCGAGACUGAUAAGCCGACGAACAUUGAAACUUCAUUAUCCUCUAACUUGGAGAAGAACUCGGGAUCCACAGCUGAAAAUGGUGGACUUUUGUACGAUUUGGCCAAUCCCGAAGCCGUUCCGGCCUCCGAUGCGCAACGGGAGUUGACUGUUAAGCAGGAAAGCAAUUAUACAUCGGAUUCGAAGCUUUUGACCGAAGAGUCGGAGGAUAAGGAUGCGGGGGUGAGUAAGGAGGAACCUAGUCAGACGCCCAGGAAGGAAUCUCCUGUGCUUAGAUUGGAUGAUAAUCGAGAAGAUGCGAUGGCGAAUAAAGCGAAUUCGACGAUCUCUGAGAUUGAGGGCCACAAAGAAAAGUUGCAGAUAGAUCUGAUGGCUCCUCCCCCACUUCCGUUGAGAGCAUCACCGGAAAGAGACAGUGAGACUGAGUUUGUGGCCGUAGAUCCUAAAUCUAUGGUCGCAAAUGCGGAUACGGAAAUUAAGAAGGAAGAUGAGAAGGCAGUUAAAAUAGGAAAGGAAGAGGCCGUGAAUGUAGAAAACGAAAGGGCGAAAACUGUGGCAGCGGUAGAAACUGAAUCUCAAAAGCCGGUUGAUGGGCAUGAGAGGAACAUCGACCUCCAGCUGGACUUGGAGAAGACCGAUAGAGAUAGCGGCACCGCUAGUGUAAGCGGCAACAACAAGGUACACCAUCAUGUUCAGAAACACCACCAGCAGCAGUCACAGCAUGCUAUCACCGAAAGAUCUGCCCAAACGAGCUCUCUACCUUUGCCAAUGCCUGUUCCUGGCUGGCCGGGCGGUCUUCCUCACAUGGGCAGAUAUAUGGCACCUCUGCAGGGAGUUCUAUCCGUGGAUGGGAGCACCGUAUCUCCUGCUGCUAUACAACCACCACAGUUGCUUUUUGCUCAACCUAGGCCUAAGAGGUGUGCAACGCAUUAUUACAUUGCUCGGAAUAUAAUGUAUCACCAGCAACUUGCGAGGAUGAAUCCUUUCUGGCCUGCCUCAGCUGGGUCUGCAUCACUCUAUGGCGCCAAGCCCGGCAAUCUUAAUUUGGCGCCUUCAGCAGAAUUGCAUGGAAACAUUCCUGGUAGGGGUGUGAACUCCGCCCAAGACAAGGGGCAGGGUAUUGCUGUGUAUCCUGGUCAUACCGGGAAGGAUAAAGGUUCUCAAGCAGCAGCCAACAUUGUGGAUGCUGCCCAGAGAAAGCAAAUGUUGAUUCAGCAAGCUAUGCCUCCUGGAGCACCAAGUAAUAUCUUGCAUACCCCUGCUUUCAUUUUCCCCCUGACUCAGCAGCAGCCUGCAGGGGCAGCUGCUCCUGUCCGAUCUGGCCCUGUAAAGUCUCAUGUUGCUGGUAGUGUUGCUUCGUCAAGUGCAUCUAGUUCUGCUCCAGUGAGUGCCCCAGCAACUGCGGCAGCUCCAGCAAUGAGCUUCAACUACCCAAGUAUGCCUGGAAACGAAACUCAGUAUUUGGCAAUUUUGCAGAACAAUGCUUAUACAUUUCCACUUCCUGCUCAUGUUGGAGCACCGCCAGCUUAUAGAGGAACCCAUGCACAGGCAAUGCCAUUCUUCAAUGGGUCCUUCUAUUCUUCUCAAAUGCUCCAUCCUGCACAAAUUCUUCAUCAUCAUCAGCAGCAGCAGCAGCAACAGCAACCACCUGCUCAGUCACAGCAAAGUCUACAACAAACUCAUCAGAAUGCAAGCAUUGCCAGUGGUUCCUCGACUUCUCAGAGGCACUUGCAGAAUCAGCAGCAGAGAGCACAUGGGAAUGGCGUCAACGGUGGUAGUGGAACUUUACAAGGGUUUCCUGCCCCCAAAAACCAAUCUUCACAGCUGCAGCAGCAGCGGCAGCAUGUACCUCACCAGCCUCGCCAACUUGAGUCUGAGAUGGGUGGGGAAGAUAGCCCGUCGACUGCCGAUAGCCGUGUUACUCGUGCAAACAUUGCUGAUAGCCGUCUUUAUAGCCAGAAUUUUGCAGUACAGAUGCACCCUCCAAACUUUGCUUUAAUGAAUCCUGCAGCAAUGGGCUGUGCUGGUGUUACAAGCGGUGGCAGUACUGAGAAAAAACAGCAGCAGCAGCCACAACAGCCGGGCUCAAAGCCGGGAGUGGAACCUGUACCCUCUCAAGCUUUUGCAAUGUCUUUUGCUUCCAUUAAUGGUGCUACUAGCACUCCUGCACUGGGCAUUACAUCGAUUGCCCAGAGUCAAGCUUUUCUUCAGAGCCUUGGAUGGCAGCCAUGCACGGGGAGGGGAGACUCAUCCUCCCCUGAGAUGUCAAGGCAAGGUUAUCAGAAUAUGGCUGCCGCCACUCAAGUGGCACAGCAGAAGAAAAAUUUCCGUGCUUCUGAAGAAGGGAAAACUGGAGGCGGUGAUUCUUCUAAUGUGGAAGAAGAAAGAAAGGCCAUGCCGGGAAAGGUUCCAGUGCCAGUUGGACAGUCUAUUGCCUUCUCCAGGCAAGAUUUGACUGAUACCUCAGUUAACACCGUAAAGGGUAACAACGUUGUUGAUAGUUCAGCUCGAGCUCUUAAUCUUGGGUCUGCUCCUAGCAGGAGUUCUGGUCCUGUUAUGCCUGCUGCUAUCAGCACCGUCAAUGCUCCUGGUUCCCAACAGCAACUGCACCGGAAUCAGCAGAUGCUACAACUUCAGAAGCAGAAUCAAUUCGCUGUAGCAGCAGCAGCAGCCACUGCUGCUCGAAGCAAAACUCCAGCGAGUAAUGGAAGUGUUUACUCAGAUCACCUCCCUUCACCUGUGGCCGCGAAGUUUACUAACUCACUCUCUUCUUUUCCCCAAAACCUUGUCCAAACGAGCAACAACACCCCAGCUCAGUCUCCUCAGUGGAAGAAUCCUAUACGUACAACCACUUCACAAGUUCCUUCUCCGUCUGUAUCCUCUUCAACCUCCUCAUCCCUUAAAAACCUUACUCAACAGCAAGGUAGAAACCAACAAAGCCACACGCAAAUUUCUUUUGGAGCUAGUGCAAAACCAUCAACAAUAGCACAAGGGCAACAACCUUCCAACGGCAACCAGUCCGCAUCUCCUCAGGUAAUGGUUGGUUCACCCACAACUUCCUCGAUGUCAAAGGGUGCUGGUGGAAGCCCAAGGACUACUGCUUCCUCUUCCACAGCCAACAAAGCUGGCCCAGGUUCUAUGCUGUCAUCAACGCAGGCCAAGGACUCAACAUCGGUGCCCAUGCGAAAGUCAUCGCCAGUUGGGGGGAGGAAUGUUCCUUCAAUCCUUGGAAAUUCCCAUGUUGCCUCUACCUCGGGCAAUUCAACUAGGCCUCAAUUGCUACAACAGCAGCCACAGCAGUUACCAAAGCAAACAAUGCAAUCCCAGCUUUUCUUCUGUAAUCCCUACAUGCAAGCACCAACCAGCACAAUCUCUGCAUCAGCUGCUGGUGGCUAUAAUCUUCUAAGAAACCGCCGUGAGCAACAGCAGCAGUCACAGGGGUCAUCGGGUACAUCCUCAACUGGGAUGUUGUCGUUGUGCCCUCCAGUUACACUUGCGAACAUUAACACCUCUAAUCCUGGAAAGGCAGUUGCUGCUGCUACAGCUGCUAGCCACAUGAAGGGUGGCGGCUUACCCUCGCAGGGUAUCCUCCACGUUACCCAGUUUGGUGCUGCACAGUCCUCCGGGAAUCAGCAUCAGCUUUUACCCUCUGGCUUCUCCUAUGUUCAUGCUAUUCCCACACCGGUUCAGGUGAAGCCAGUAGAGCAGAAGCAACCUGCUGGUGAGUGAAAUUCCCUUGGUGCUUUACAUUGCAACGCUCCCAUAUGGGAGAAGUGAGCGUGAAUUAUGAAAAAAUGUUCAAUUUGAGGCUUAGUUUGUGCGAAGGAGGUUUCUUGCGUAAGUUCAUUUGCAUACCUUCUCUCAGCCUGAGAAGAAAUGGAAGAUGGUAACAUUCGAGGAAUCACGGCUGUGGAAGGCAAUGCCCAGAGUCGGAACCCACAAUUUUGGGUAGUUGAGCCGAGUGGGGAAGAUGGUUCCAUGUUGCAUUUGCUCGGGAUGUAUGUCUAUUCAUGUGUGCACACUUCUUGUUCAUAUUUUGACGGGAUUGAUCCUGGAUUAUAAUUAGAAAUUUAUAUUGAUUCUAAUUGGGAUGAUGACAUUGGAGGAUGCUGGGGAAAAGGAGGGGGUGGAUCGAUGUUUCAUUUCGUUGGAAAGAUGAGGGAGAAAUGGCGUGGAAGAUGGAGAGGAAGGCAAGACCAACUCUUUCUCUUCUUUUGGGGCUGUAAUGGAGUUCCGUUUUGCUUUAAGAUUAUUUCCGUUUGUUUCUCGGGUAUUAGUUUUCCAGGGAAACCCGCAAAACAGUAAUCUUUUUGACGUGUAUAUAUGUCUGGCACAUAAAACAGUAGUCCUCAAUUUUUUAUUUAAAUCUUUGAGCCAA